GGGCGCCUCUAUGAGCGCGGGAAGAUGGCCGAACAGGUGACCAAGUCAGUGCUGUUCGUGUGUCUGGGUAACAUCUGUCGAUCACCCAUUGCAGAAGCAGUUUUCAGGAAACUUGUAACUGAUCAAAACAUUUCAGAUACUUGGGUCAUUGACAGUGGCACUGUUUCUGACUGGAACAUGGGCCGGUCACCAGAUCCAAGAGCUGUGAGCUGCCUAAGAGAUCAUGGCAUUAACACAGCCCAUAAAGCAAGACAGGUUACCAAAGAAGACUUUGCCACUUUUGAUUAUAUACUAUGUAUGGAUGAAAGCAACCUGAGAGAUUUGAAUAGGAAAAGUAAUCAAGUUAGAAACUGCAGAGUGAAAAUUGAACUGCUUGGGAGCUAUGACCCACAGAAACAGUUCAUCAUUGAAGACCCUUAUUAUGGUAAUGACGCUGACUUUGAGACCGUCUACCAGCAGUGUGUGCGGUGCUGCAGAGGCUUCCUGGAGAAGGUUCGCUGACCCGGGUCCAGUCCUGCUGCGGCCCAGGCUCGUUCCCACAGGCCCGCAUUCUCAGGUGUCACAGUGUCACCAUUCCCUAGCCAAGGCCGCAGCCCUUUCUUCAGUUGACUCACUGUUUCUUACCUUAAAAAAUAAUUGUAGGUGGAAAUCAGUUGUUGCGUUUGGUG